GAGGCGCUGGGGGGGCUGGGGGUGCGGGCGGUGGGGGUGGUGCUGAACGAGACGGACCCGCGCAGCCUCCUGCUGCGCCUCUGCCGCCUGCUCUCCUCCCUGCCCCUCCACGGGCUGCUCUUCGACGACGCCGGCGCCGACGCCGGGGGGGCCCUGGCCCCCAUCCUCCACUUCCUCUCGGCACAGACCUCCCUCCCCAUCCUGGGGGUCAGCGGGGGGGCCGCCGCCGUCCUCACGCCCAAGGAGCCGGGCUCCACCUUCCUCCAGCUGGGCUCCUCCACGGAGCAGCAGCUGCAGGUGAUCUUCGAGGUGCUGGAGGAGUACGACUGGACCACCUUCGCGCUGGUGACCACCCUGCGCCCGGGCCACGAGGCCUUCGUCUCCUACGUGGAGGGGCUGACGGACGGGAGCUUCAUCGGGUGGGAGCACCGGGGGGUCCUCACCCUCAACCUCACCCAGGACCCCCGGGGCACCCGUUGGCGCCGCCAACUGCGGGAGCUGGACGCCCAGAUCCGGCUCCUCUUCUGCUCCCCCGAGGAGGCCCCCGCGCUCUUCCGGGGGGCGCAGGAGGCCGGGGUGGCCGGGCCGGGCUACGUCUGGUUCCUGGUGGGGGCCCAACUGGGGGCGGGGGGCUCCGAGGUGCCCCCCGAAGCCCCCGCCGGGCUCUUCGCCGUCCUCUCGGCCGGUUGGAGGGACGAGCUGGGCCAGCGGCUGCGCCGGGGGGUGGCCAUCCUGGCCCAGGGGGCAAGAGCCCUCCUGACGGACCCCCAGGGGGUCCCCAACUUCUCCAGGGACUGUCAGGACCCCCAGGGGCACCCCCCGGCCCGGCGCGGGCUGCACCGGUACUUCUCCAACAUCACCUGGGGGCAGCGGGACUUCUCCUUCAACGAGGACGGGUUCCUCGUCAACCCCUCCCUCGUCGUCAUCGCCCUCAACAAGGAGCGCGCCUGGGAGGUGGAGCCGGGCUCCACCUUCCUCCAGCUGGGCUCCUCCACGGAGCAGCAGCUGCAGGUGAUCUUCGAGGUGCUGGAGGAGUACGACUGGACCACCUUCGCGCUGGUGACCACCCUGCGCCCGGGCCACGAGGCCUUCGUCUCCUACGUGGAGGGGCUGACGGACGGGAGCUUCAUCGGGUGGGAGCACCGGGGGGUCCUCACCCUCAACCUCACCCAGGACCCCCGGGGCACCCGUUGGCGCCGCCAACUGCGGGAGCUGGACGCCCAGAUCCGGCUCCUCUUCUGCUCCCCCGAGGAGGCCCCCGCGCUCUUCCGGGGGGCGCAGGAGGCCGGGGUGGCCGGGCCGGGCUACGUCUGGUUCCUGGUGGGGGCCCAACUGGGGGCGGGGGGCUCCGAGGUGCCCCCCGAAGCCCCCGCCGGGCUCUUCGCCGUCCUCUCGGCCGGUUGGAGGGACGAGCUGGGCCAGCGGCUGCGCCGGGGGGUGGCCAUCCUGGCCCAGGGGGCAAGAGCCCUCCUGACGGACCCCCAGGGGGUCCCCAACUUCUCCAGGGACUGUCAGGACCCCCAGGGGCACCCCCCGGCCCGGCGCGGGCUGCACCGGUACUUCUCCAACAUCACCUGGGGGCAGCGGGACUUCUCCUUCAACGAGGACGGGUUCCUCGUCAACCCCUCCCUCGUCGUCAUCGCCCUCAACAAGGAGCGCGCCUGGGAGGUGGUGGGGAGCUGGGAGGGGGGCCGCCUGCGCCUGACGCACCCCCCCUGGUCGCGCUACGGCCGGUUCCUGCAGCCGGUGGCCGACGGGCGGCACCUGCGGGUGGCCACGCUGGAGGAGAGGCCCUUCGUCAUCGUGGAGGGGGUGGACCCCGUCACCGGCACCUGCAUCCGCGACUCCGUGCCCUGUCGGCACCAGCGCAACCGCACCGCGGG